AUGAGUCAACAAUUUAAGCAGGCGAAAGAGCUCUACAAGAAUGGAAAGUAUCAAGAGUGCUAUGAAAUCGCUAAGGAAAUUUUGCGGAAUUCACUUGAUUACGGCAUAUUAAUAUUGAAAGGAGCUUCUUGCUCUCGAUUGGAAUAUCAUGAAGAAGCGAUAGAAUCUUACUUGUCAGCCUUGGAGAUUGAUCCAGAGAAUACUCAAGCUUGGUUUGGUCUUUACAGUGAAGUCAAGAGAAGUCCUGAUAAAAAUGCUAAUAUUCUACUAAAAGCAUGUUCAGUGCUCAUUAACAAAUCAUCUAGGUCAGAUUCACCUGAAAAAUAUUUGGACUAUUCAAAAACGUUUAUUGAAACUGCGGUUCGGUUUCAGCUACCAUUACCUGCUGGAUACGAUAAGUUUGAUGAUUUAUGCGAAUUGGUUCUGGAAAGCGAGCCUGGCAAUGUUUAUGCCCUUGAAGCUUUCUUCCGUCUACAAAUAGAAUUUUUCAUGUUCUAUGGAUUUCCUGAAUUAAUUGAUCAGAGUUUGUUCAUCGAAUCGAAGUUCGCUAAAUUAUUCAAGCAAUCAGGUCCACAAUACAUUAGCCCUUCAUCUGUAUACGUUAAACGAUUGGAACGUUUUGGAGAAUCGCUGAAGACAAUACAAGAGUCAAAGAAUUUAAGCAAAACUUCAAAUAUCACAUUAUGUUUAGGUCAUUUAUUGUAUAAGUUGUAUGUUUAUUUUAUUCCAAAUUUUGCAUCACCAACUGAUAAUAACGAGUAUAAUGUCACUACUUCAGGAGAUCAAACUAAUGAACACAUUGAUUUAUGGGAUUUUAUACAAAACGAGAUUAAUAAACUUGAUUAUGAUGGUAUUAUUGGAUUGAAUAACUGGAUAGAGCAAAAUAUAAUUGAUCUCCAUGCCGGAUUUUUGUACGCCUUGUCUGUGUUCAAGCGUUCUCAGUUCAAUGAAUGUAAUUUGAUCAUUAAUCAGUUAAUAUCUUAUAUUGAUAAAAAUUGUCGACAAUACAAUACAGAAUCUACUGAUUUCACUGGAUCAGUUGAUAAACUGAGCAAGAGUUCAACUAGCAAUAUCCCGUCUCAACGUCUCAUGUGUACGCCACUUCGUUUAAACAUAACCAAAUUUUCAGAAAACGUACCAACAACAUGUGAUAUAUAUGCAUUUGUUAAGUAUUGGCUAAGUACACUUUUGAUUGCAAAUACUUGUAAUUCAGAAGUCGCAACUAAUGAUAUUGAUGAAGAAAUUGGAACUCUUCUUCGACAGACUGAGAAUGCCGACUACAUUCCUUAUGGUUGGAAAGAUGUAUUUCUUACUCUUUCUAUGGAAUACUAUCUACUUGUGAAUAAUAUAAAGGCAUCAUUUCAUAUCCUGGAAAAGUGGAAAUCUCUUUAUGGUUGUCAAAAGGAAUCAAAAAUUGAUAAUGCCCACUUAUCUCCUCGGUUUCAAGUUUGUUUAGUGUUGUUAAAGUUGGUGUUUAAUCUUAAGCCUGCUGAGUUAAAAAUUAUGGAGGAGAUAACACCACUCUCUGCCAAAGAGGAUUUAUUGAAUUUACUCAAAAAAAGUGAUGCAAUUAGUUCCAGUCGUUUUCAGUAUUUAUUGGGAUAUGUUAUGAAAAUCUGUGUACAGUCAUUCAAAGACUGUUCUUCUACAAUGGGCUUAGAACAGCAACUAGAGAAAUUCUCACUUGGUAUUCAGUUUGAUAUGCGUUAUUAUGCUAAUUACUUGCAGAUUGGCCACAUUUAUCGUGAAAAGGAAAAUUCGAAGGAAUCACUAACCGCAUAUACUGAGGCUUAUCGUUUAAUGCCUUCUUUGCCAACUUGUGUAUAUUAUUAUGCAGUGGGAUUAUGUAGACAAGAGGAAUGGGAAAAGGCGUUAGAUGUCUAUUCUUCUAUAGACAAGAGUGAAUUCACCAAAGAUAUGUGGCUUAAUUAUGGUUUGAUUGGUUUACGUUUGGGUCGAAUAUACGAAUGUUUACCUGCUUUACAACGGGUUGUUCUGCUUAAAAAUGAGGCAUUGUACUGGGAAAUUCUUGGAGAGGCCUACUUAUUACGUGGUAGUCAUGAGACUGCUAUCAGAUCAUUCAACCGGGCAUUAGGAUUGGAACCAAAUCGACCAUUUGCGUUAAUUCUGUGUGGACGAGCUUAUCGUCAUAUGAAUGAAAUUUCUGCAUCACUUUCUUGCUUUGAUAAGGCCUUGAGUGAGGUUGUAGGAUGUUAUAUGACUGAUCCUCUGUAUCGGAAGUUUUAUGUUCUAAUACUUAAGGAAUUAAUUGAAAUACACAUGAUGAAGUGUCGAUCGAGUAUGUAUCAAGGAUUUACUGGUCAGGCGAUAAACGAUUUACAACAUGUUCUACACCUACUGGACAAACUACUGGAUUAUUUUGUUGGUUCAAAAGUUGUACCCUUUUGGAUUUUCCGAUACAUUGGAGAUGUUCUAAGUUUGCUCUCAGUUGUCGACGAUCCUAAUCUUUUAAUUGUAAUACCAUCACGCAUUAUUUCUUUAAUGAACAAUGCUGAGGAAAUCUGUGUCGAUUCGAAACUGACGGAUGAUACGAUCAAACUAAAUAUUGUAAAUUGUCUUCAACUUGCAAAUAUUUAUUUAGCCUGUGCUAUUCAGAUACGUUUGAGUUCAGUUAGACAUCCAGCAGCGUCGUUACAACUUCAUGCUCCUAAUGAUGUUGUAGCAUCUGGAAGUGAUUCAGAGAAUCAUCCAUCAAAGUUGUUAAUUAUCAGUUCAUUAUUAGUCAGUUUUGGUGUGCAUCAACUAAAUCAAGGUUAUUACAUACAACGUAAUAUGGAUAGUAAUAAUAAACAAUCUCCAAUAUUAUCCUCUUUAUCAAAUUCAUCUACACACCAAAUAAAAUAUAAUGGAUUGAGUCCAGAUGAAUUAUUUUGUUUAUCUGAGUCAAUAUUAAAACAAGCUUUACAAUUAUUGGAUAAUGUAUCAAAUAUAUAUGAAGAGUUUUUAAAUGAAUUAUUAAAAGAUAAGAGUCUACUUGGUCCGGGUGUUACAACACCAGAUGAUGAAGUCGAUGAACGCGAUACUCGUGAUCGAUUAGCCUUAAUUAGAAGAAUUCGUUCACGUGCAUGGUCUGCAUUGGCUGGAGUUUAUUCAACUAGUGAAGAGAACUUGAAUUCGGAAAUCACCUAUUGUCUCUGUCAAGCAUUACUCUUUAAUCCAGAUAAUACUACUGUCAUGAUUAAUCUGGCUAUGCAUCAAAUGAAACAAGGUCAAACUGAACUUGCUGUCAACUUGGUAGCACAAGCCAAAGCUAUUGAUCCAGAUAACUUCAGAGUCUGGCUAUUUUCUGCCCAAUUGACUGCUUUAAUGUCUGGCAGUCCAUCUGUUGGUCCAGGUUUACUCGUCAAUACUGAAGUACUAGGCCAUCUAAUACAGGCUGCAUUUACAGGUUCAAAUUACCGAGUUGCUUCACAGCUCACACUCCAUCUAAUGCCUAUUAUAAUUAAAUACUCUCACUGUAAUUUCCUCUCUGAUCCAUCACUGCCAUCAUCAACUUCAUAUUUAUCAAAACAAGUGAAUACAUCAGAAUUAAUACAAGCAUUUGAUAAACGAGCACAUUUACGCCUGUCUAUUAAUGUUGCUAUAGAAUGCUUAAAUCGUGCUAUAGCUUUUCAACCUGAUAACAUUCGUUUAUGGCACAAUCGAGGCAUUUUACUUCAGUUGACUGGAUACUCUGUUCCAGCUAAAUAUUGUCUUAAAAAAGCUGUAGCACUACUUAAUCGACAAAAGUCUCUUUAUCAUCAAGGUACUUCAAAUGAAUUGGCUUUCUAUAGUCUUGUAUUGUCUCAGUACUUUCUUAUCACAUAUAUAUGUGGUCAACCUGAUUGGCAAACAGCUGACCAACUUCUCACUUUAACAAAAAAUCCAAAUUCUACAUUCUGUCACAGUUUGCCUGAAGCUUGUGCUAAAGCUAUUAUUUACUUAAUACAUCCAAUGAGAGCAGUUCAACGGGAUUUAUCUAUGAAAUGCAUGACUGAAGAAAUUGACCGUCUGAUAUGUGAAGGUUCAUGUGUCGCUAAGUCAGCAAUUGAAUUUCAGCCGAAUGGUGGUGCUUGUUUAUUGAACAUAAUAAAGCUAAUUGAUUCCUCAUAUUUUGGUCCAGUAAAAGAUUUGCAUCAAUUGGAAUCUUGUUUAAUUCACUUAAAAUCUGUUACGUCAUCAUCGGUGUCAUUCCCACUCGCUUAUAAUUUAAGUCAAAUUGGCGUUCGUUUGGGCAGUGAUGUGAAUUGGUUAAUACAAUCAAAUUUAUCCAAAUUAAUAUAUGAAAUAUCAUCUAGUAAACAUAUGGAAUAUGAAGAAUUAUCUAGUUUACCUGAUUUGUAUAAUAAUCGACUGAGGGAUAAUUACUUACCUUUAGGUGGGCAAUUAACAGAUAUCGAAUUAAAUAACUGGAUGAUAGAUAAUGCGUACCUAUCACUUUGUUCUUCCCGACCAACGUCUGGUUUAGCAUAUAUAUCGCGGUAUCUAAUUCAUUGGCCUAAUAAACCACUGCGAUGGAUCUAUCUAUUUGCUUGGUUAUUAAAUGAAAAUCCAAUCGAUCAGUCGACAAAUUUAUCUACAAUAAAAUUGAAGUCAAAUAUGUCAAUACACGAUAAGUUAACAAUAUAUACAAAUGUAAUCAUCAAAUGUUUAUCAGUAAUUAAUGAACUCCGUACUGAAUGUCUUAUGAAUUCGCUUUUUGCGUCUGCGUUAGUCAAUUUCGGCUCAUGGUUGUUGACUGUCUGCAAAAACAAGCGAAUACCUAUACAGUUAGAACAGUAUGAUCGUUUGUUGUGGAAUCUUCGCCGUGCGGCUGUUCUCUUCCCGAAUACACCAAAUAUACUGUCAACACUGAUGUCUGUUUCUGCAGCAACCUGCGUUUAA